CGAGGCGGGUGUUGCUCUCGCUCUGAGUUCGUACUCUUUGUUGCAUGCGUGCUGUGGGUGACAAGCGUCCCUGUCCGUGGAGAAAACAGCAGCAGCUGCAGCGGUAGCAGUGGCGGAGGUGUCGGGGGUAUUUAUUUAUCGUCGCAGGCGACAGAGGGGAACGAAGCUACCCGGAGAGGAAGGAUUUACAGACACCACUCAAGCAUGGCUCCCCAAACGACAGCAUCCUGUACCGGAUCCACUCUGUUGCAGCCCAUCAGCGAAAUUAUAAAUCUCCCCGUUGACCAGGUAUUCCCUUCAUUUCCUGAUCCAGAGCGGCCUGUCCUAUGGGUACUGUUUCAUUGUGACACUGGGUUAUCUGAUAUUGUGUCAAAUCACCAGAGUCUACGUCUUCGACUACGGCAUGUACUCUGCAGACUUCACGGGGCCCAUGAUGGUCAUAACACAGAAGAUUACCAGCAUGGCAUUUGAGAUACAUGACGUUUAGCGAGCUGCAAAGCCACGGGUCUUUGUUACAGAAGAGCCGGCUGAGCAGAGGAACAAUCUGUUUUGGGCAUGACAUUCUUUGAGGUUACGUAUGCACACAGCCACCUGCUCACUCUCUGACAUCACCCUGCCUUUGCUGUCUUUGCGCUCUUUUUUUUUAAUUAAUUUUUUUGGUUUACAUUGCAGGACCAUUCACACAUCCUCACUGCUCCCUGAGCUGUUCUGUUAAAAAUCCACUUAUCUCUGACCAGGAUAGCUUUUUUUACUUCCUGGUGACCUCCACCUUAGAAAUGAGCUUUAUCUAAGAAAAUACUGCAUGGUGCUUAUUUUGUGUGUGAUCAUUAUAAUAAGCUUCUCUCUCUUUCUCUCUCU